CUGGGAGUCUAGGCCUAAUUAGUCUAUCGAUGUCUUUAUAUAAGAACCUUGUAUAAGGAACUCCCCUCGCCUCCCUUCCGCCUCUCCACGUUCGAGAUGAUGUACCCUGGAAUUAACGUAGCUGCAUGCUUCAAUGUUGCAGCAUAUGUGUUGUUCCUGUACGACUACACACUUACGUUUGGAAGGGAGGUCGAUCUGUUCUGGUGUCAACCGCGUCGGACGUGGGCGUUUGCUCUCUUCAUCGCCAACCGAUACAUAGGCCUCUUGGGCCGUGUUCCUGCUUUUCUGGAAAAUUUUCUCCCGCACAGCGGCGGUUCGAACAGCCCAGUGUGCCAGAGUCUGCACAUGACCGAUCAACUCAUCAUGGCUGUUCUUCAACUCAUUGGAGCAAUAAUCAUGAUGAUGCGGGUGUACGCCUUCUAUGACCAAGACCGACGAGUUCUGGCCCUCUUUGUCACGGUGGCUCUGAUAUCUGCAGGAAUUUGUUGCUGGGCAUUUAUAUAUCGCGGACCGCCACUUCCACCACCGAAAUACAUGGUGCUAGCUGGCUGUCUCGGACCAAUCUACCCAUCACAGGCUCUACGUUACGCCGCCGCAUGGGGCGGGCAACUUCUCUUCGACGCCCUCAUUUUUGUCUUCACACUUUGGAAGUUGGCGCGUAUCGGUACCAGGGGCGAACGAACUUUCAUAGACAUGCUGAUACGUGACGGCACCUUAUACUUCGGCGUGAUGACAGUCAUGAACGUCGCAAAUAUUAUCGUGUUUCUGGUAGCAAAUCCAUGGGUGAAGUCAGUCCUAUCCAGUCCGACAAACUUGCUCUGUGCGGCAAUGAUAUCGAGAUUGAUGAUGAAUCUUCGGGAUCCUAAAAGUCGAGUUGUGGGUUUUCCAUCCCAGAUAUGCAAUUUCCCAAUGCUUAUUUAUGCAACUAUCAAUUUACUCCUAGGUUGGCGUAUCAACAGUGCAGGGCUUCACUGAUGAACCGUGGAGUCCCGCAACUUACAGCGAAGUAUAUCACACUGCCUAAUCACACUCACUCUUGGAGAGUUUUGAGACUGUAGCUCAU